GAUGGCCACACGAGAACACGAAGUGCAGCUGCGCGUUACCGGGAUUCUCAGCACUUGUUGUUGUUGCUUCUUCUGCGGCAACCGCGUGACUCAAUUGUCAAGCGCAUCCUGGGUUGCUUCAGACGCGUUCUCAUUGUUGGCUUCACUUUUGACAAUGAUGCAUUGAGAAACAUUACAUUGACAAUGCCAGGCAGCAAACCCACCAGUAUUAUUUUUGAGAUAC